UGGCAUAUUUAUAGUUUGAUACGCCAAGGCCGUAGUCCGCAGCGCCCCGCCGGCCACCCUAUAAUGGACUCAGAUUGGGACAUCAUUCAAAAAUGUCUGCAAUUCAAAUUUGAACUUCGGCCUUCAGCAGAUGAAGUAUUCGACCUCGUCAUGCGCAGGGUUUUCUCAUCAGAUUCUUCGAGCCCACCUAACGGUCCUCCCGACGAUGCAUCACUCAACACUGAUUCUUUACCAUCAUCACUCCCGAGUUCCAGCACUGGUCCCAUAACACCUUUCAGCACUGAUUCUUGUAAGUUGCAUCCAUGUCGAGCAAGCGUCGAGACGAAUAUGUUUCAUCGUCAUGAGUAGUUCGAUCGACUGGCAUCCUGGGACAUGAACGGAUGCGAUCAACAUCACCAUCACCGCUACCUCUAAGCGCACUGUCGAGCAACUACGAAAUGCGCCUACGGCAAAGAAAUGUUGUUAUAUUCGGCGAAACCGGCACAGGGAAAAGUUCCAUCAUCAACGCAAUCGCACAACAACAACUUGCGAAGACAUCCAAUGAUGCACAUGGAUGCACUUCUACCUCUCAACGCUACCAAGUAGAAAUUUCAGACCAGCGAUUCAACCUGAUUGAUACCGCAGGUCUCAGCUUGGGGGCUGCAGACACACCGCCGGCGGCUAAAGCAGAAAAACAGUUGAAAAUUUUGUUGCGUGAGCUCGUGAGCUCUAGGUUGGAUGCAAUCAGCCUUCUGGUGUACUGUAUGCACAGCACAAUUGCCCCUCGCGCCCUCGAUAAAGCCUAUAACAAGUUUUACUUUAAAAUCUGCCAGGAGAAGGUUCCGAUCGUUGUCGUCAUCACAGGAUUGGAGAAAGAGACUCGCAUGGAGAGUUGGUGGGAUACUAACAAGGAAAAAUUCAAGGGCUUGAAUUUCGCAGACCAUGCUUGCGUCACAGCGCUUCGAGAACACCCAAGCUUCUCAGACAACAUCACUCGUCGUAUUGCAGAGUCGGGCGACAUUCUGCGCAAGCUUGUUUUGACACAUUUCGUGGAUCUGGCGGUUGACGACGGCUUGGAUUCGGCGGCCGACAAGAGCUGGUUGAAGCAGAUGGGUGGCCGGAUUGUUAAGGGGAGACAAGUGACGAACAAGAAGUAAAAUGCCAGGUUUAGGAGAUUAUGCUGGUACCGUGUAUUACUUACAGGAUGUUCAAACGUUCGAGUUCCUCGCCAUGUUCACCCCCCUGAUUCAUUUAGGAGGAGCUUGUGGAGCGGUGGGAUGGGCGUAGGGAGUGAAGGUAGGAUGGGCUUAAACUGAACUGCUUAAAAGUGGGUGUCAAGCUAUCAUGUCUGCAAUUUGCAAAGCGCUUCCCGGAAUUCUGUGGUGUCAAUCGUAUGCUUAAUCCU